GCGGACGACCAGGGCUGCCGGCGACCUACGUCCGAGCGCGCGGAGCCCUGCGCCUGGCCGGGGUCGGUCCGAAGUCCGCGCUAUGGAAGAGGAGAAAUACUUGCCUGAGCUGAUGGCAGAAAAAGAUAGCCUGGAUCCAUCUUUUGUGCAUGCCUCGCGCCUGCUAGCCGAAGAAAUUGAAAAAUUUCAAGGUUCUGAUGGAAAAAAGGAAGAUGAAGAAAAGAAAUAUCUUGAUGUCAUCAGCAACAAAAACAUAAAGCUCUCAGAAAGGGUAUUGAUUCCUGUCAAACAGUAUCCAAAGUUCAAUUUUGUGGGGAAAUUGCUUGGACCAAGAGGAAAUUCCUUGAAGAGGCUACAGGAAGAAACAGGUGCUAAAAUGUCUAUCCUGGGCAAAGGAUCAAUGAGAGAUAAAGCAAAGGAAGAAGAACUAAGGAAAAGUGGGGAAGCCAAAUAUGCACACUUGAGUGAUGAACUUCAUGUAUUAAUUGAAGUGUUUGCUCCACCUGGGGAAGCUUAUUCACGUAUGAGUCAUGCAUUGGAAGAGAUUAAAAAAUUUCUGGUUCCCGACUACAAUGAUGAAAUUCGUCAGGAACAACUACGUGAAUUAUCUUACUUAAAUGGCUCAGAGGACUCUGGUCGUGGCAGAGGUAUUAGAGGCAGAGGGAUCAGAAUAGCUCCCACAACUCCUUCAAGGGGCCGUGGGGGUGCCAUUCCUCCUCCCCCACCACCUGGACGAGGCGUUCUCACCCCUCGAGGGACCACUGUGACCCGUGGUGCUCUUCCAGUGCCCCCUGUAGCGAGAGGCGUCCCCACCCCUCGAGCACGGGGAUCACCCACUGUGCCAGGAUACAGGGCACCCCCUCCUCCAGCCCACGAGGGGUAUGAAGAGUAUGUAAGUACUCUUGAGAAAUCAGUUAUUAGGAGGAGUUAAGUUUGUUGGGGAAUAAGCUAAACUUCAAAGACAU